UAACUUACUCAGAUAUAUGGACAAAUAAAGUUUCACCAUUAGAGUCUCUCUGAAUGAAACCAUGUCCUUUAGAUCUGCUAAAUUGUUUAACAACACCAUGUUCCUGUGGGUUAGAGAAAGCCCUUGCAGAUCUGUAAUAAGAAGAAUCGUAAAUUAUUGUACCAAUGCAAUCAAAUUCUCAUUUUAUACUACUCUUACGUUGAAUCGGUUCUUGUACGCCUGGUAAUUAUAGGACUUGGGACAUGAAGAGAAGGACUACCAUCUGGAGAGGACAAAUUAUGAAAACUGUUCGCUUUUAUUGGGGUUUCCAUUCUCUUACCAAGAAAGUUGCUACAAUUGGCACGCUAAUUCUCUUCAAGCUCUUACAGCUAAAUAAGUGUUAUCAACAGCUGUACCAGAUAAGGUUAUAUUUACCAAUAUUUGCUGUUUCUAAACGUAUUUUUUUUUAAAAUCUCAGCAAGGAUUUUUUUUUACAAAUUUUGUGCGCAGUGAAUGAUUUUUUUUACAAUAAUCCACCAAUGUUUAAUUUAGUAAUGAUUUUUUGCAGAAAAUGGCGCAAAAUUCAGAUGUAAUCAAUAGUUCCUGUAAAAUAUUCUAGGAGCGCUUGCAUCUCCAGGAUUGAUAUGUUUGACAUUACAGGAGAAGUGCGCAUCGUGGUAACAACAGAUCACAGUUCAGGCGGUAUACUAUUGUAAAUUGGUCGUUAUAGUUUAUUUCGUGCAAUCUCUGUUAAACAAAAAAUGGUUUGAUUUAUUGCUGCAGUACAUCACUAAACACUACAAGAAAAUGGUUCAGAAAUAUGUGUCCCCUGUUAGGGUCUACAAAUACCCAUUUGAACUUGUUAUGAAGGCCUAUGAGCGGAGGUUCCCCUCUUGCCCCCAGAUUCCUGUAGUAAUCAAUUGUGAAAUUAUCUCUGAUUGGACUUCACCUGACAAAUCAAUUAAUAAAACUGAAAGAAAAUGUAAACUCCAUGUUGACGCACCGUAUUUGUUGAAAAAGAUAAUCGGCGUAGAUCAUGUGUACUUCAUCCAGAAGAACAUUCUCAACUUGCGCACACGGACGUUGGAGAUUGAGGCCUACAACGAGAGUUUCCAGUCGCGUGUCAUGGUACUCGAGACCUGCAGAUACUUCGUUCAUCCUGAAAAUACUGAGUGGACUUGUUUUGAACAAUCUGCAGAAGUUGACAUCAAAUCUUUUCUAGGGUUUGAAAAUACCAUUGAAAAGUUAGCUAUGAAGCAAUACUCUGCUAACAUUGCUAAGGGUAAAGAGGUGAUGGAAUUUUUCAUCAAUGAAUUGAGAAGUGAAGGAAUCACUACUGUGUCUAGGUGGACAAGAGAUCCUACAUCACCUGAAAUCGAUGACGAAAAAGAAAUCAAUGAAGGAGAUGAUACUGUGACUAUCACUGAAAUUUCUCUUUGCUCUAAACCAAGACGUAACUCAGGUCAGCAGUCUUCCAAAGAUUGUCAAUCCCAACUUGAUUCUGAGUACAUUCAGAGAUAUCUUGGACAGCUUACUCUUAUGCAAGAAUCUAGACUUGUUCAGUUGCGGAAGUCAGUUGCUCAGCUGCAUAAGUCUAAGAUUCCUAGUGACACUACACUUCUGAGGUUUUUGAGGGCACGUGACUUUAACGUAGAUAAAGCACGGACUCUUCUUUCUGAAUCAUUGAGUUGGAGGAAGAAACAUAAUGUAGAUAAAGUUUUGUCUGAGUAUGUUGUACCGCAGAUCGUUAAAAGUUACUUCCCUGGAGGAUGGCAUCAUCAUGAUAGGGAUGGUAGACCUGUAUAUUUGCUGAGACUUGGUCAAAUGGAUGUAAAAGGACUCUUGAAAACAAUUGGUGAAGAUGGUCUUUUAAAACUUACAAUGCACGUUUGCGAAGAAGGUCUUAGAUUAACCGAAGAGGCUACACUUACCUCAGGGAAGCCGAUAUCUACCUGGUGUUUGCUUGUGGAUCUUGAAGGGCUUAACAUGAGACAUCUUUGGAGACCAGGAAUCAAGGCUUUGCUUCAUAUAAUUGAGAUAGUUGAAGCGAAUUAUCCAGAAACCUUGGGACGUGUUUUAAUAAUCAGAGCUCCUCGAGUCUUUCCUAUUUUGUGGACACUGGUUUCGACAUUUAUUGAUGAUGUCACCAGAACAAAGUUUCUAUUUUAUGCCGGCAAUGAUUAUCAAGAACCUGGGGGUUUGAUUGACUACAUUCCUGAAGAAUAUAUUCCAGAUUUUCUUGGCGGCCAAUGCAAAACAAAUGUCGUUGAGGGUAGUUUGGUGCCAAAAAGUUUGUACCUGACAGAAGGUGAACUCGGCCGUGAAGGAAAUCCUUUGACAGAUGAUAGUAUGUAUCAUUCUGUCAGCCUUUCGAAAGGACAGGCUCAUGAAGUAAAAUUAAAUAUAGCAGAUGCUGGAAGCGUAAUCACUUGGGAUUUUGAUAUCAUAAGGGAAGAUGUCACUUUUACUGUGACAAGAAGAAACAGUUCUCCUAAGCACAGCACUGCAGGUGAAGAGGAUUGUAUUAAGGUUGAAGGUCCCCUUUUAUGCAGGGAUGGAGAAAGCGUGCAGGGUUCGCACGUUUGUUCAACCCCUGGUCAAUAUUCUUUAUCCUGGAGCCACCAGGGUGACCAUAAGGCACAGCUGAUGUACUAUUAUGAGAUACUUUCUUCAGCUGAUUAUAGGGGUUCGAUGUCUAGUCUUCAGUCAGCAAACAGUUCAUUUUCUGCUCUCAGCACAUCACAAACUGCUACCAACAGAUGAUAUCGGGACUUUGGCUCUUCUCAACUAGAAGAAGAGCCUUAAUUUAUUUUUCCAUUCCUUUCUCGCUUCACUAGCUAAAUGUUUAUAAAAUACUCAAGAAUUGAAUCUUUUUUGCUGAUUUUGAUCAGCGGUUGAAAGCAUUCCGAUUCAAACUAAAUAGUGAAAUUAUAGCAAUCAGGUUGGUAUGUUAAUUUGUAAUUAUUGGAGGCGAUUGUAAUCUUAUUCAUAUGACAACACAACCUAUUAUUAUGUAUGUUUUUUUGUUUUAUUUAAUGAAUUAUUAUCACAAGUUUUAUUGACAUUAUGUUUCUUUCAAUUUAAUUGAAUUCCAAAGUAAUUCAGCCUAUAAGAGUUAUAAAAAUAUUGAAGGAUAUUAUAGUAAUAAAAUGCUCAAGAAGAAGUCAACUCUUCAUUAGAUUAAUUAAACAUUCAUGGUUGUGGAAAAUAAAAUUGAUUAAUGUUGUUACUUGUUGGGUUUUUGUAAAGUCUAAGCUAUUUUAGACAGUAAAGUAAAUUUAAAAAAAAAAUCAUUUUCGAUCGAAAUCUAUUUCAUUGUGAUAUUUAGUUCAGAUGUUAUCAGAAUCUAUGUAUGAAGUAUGCUUUUGAAAUCCUUGAAGACCUCUUCAAGUUCUUAAUUGGAAGGUAAAGCUGCAAAAAAAAACUCAUUUUGUAAGCGAGCAAUGUACUUUGCAGAUAGGGAGAAAAUAAAUAGAUAAGAUAGUAAACACAUACUCCAAUCAUUAAUGGUCUACUGAUUGGAUAUUUAGUUUUAUAAAGUUUUGGUUAUUUCUAUGAUAAUAAUGAAUUUCAAUAAUUUUCUGCAUAUUUAUCAAGUAAUCAUAGACUAAUAAUGAUGAUUGUUAAUUUUCAUAAAGGCUGUUAAAAUUUAUCAACGAAGGUUCUACCAAUUAGUCCAUCAUAGGUAGCUAAUGGAAGUUAUGUAAAGUAAGUGCAUUAGAAUUUUCUCAUUAAAAGAAAAAGGAGAAAAACAGUACAAAAAUUAAAAAUGUUAUCCAUUCAAAGUUCAACUAUUAUAUUUUUAUGACUGUUAAAAAUAUCAGAAUAUAUUUAAUCAAUUUAACAUUAUAUAUCCGGCAUAAAUGAAGCUUUUACAUUUUAUAAACCUUACUGUAUCUUUUAGUUUUAACUCGUUAAAGAUUUCAUUAGGUAAAUGAUAUGUAAAAUAUUUUUGAAAUUUUCAGAGAAAGCAAUUAUGUAUUAGAUUUUCUUAAAGCACUAAGUAGAUAGCAGUCAAUUACUAGUUGACCUAAAGUAAUAAAUUCUUAAAAUAUUUAAUGCAAGUCAAAUUACUGUGAAACAACUACCGUCAAGAUAUCACUUGAGGCGUCUGCUUACAAAAAGGGAUAAUUCCAUUUAAAUUUCUUUUUCUAUGUAUAGUUUGAAAGGUUCCAUUAUAUGAAGAAAAAAAAUGGUUGGUAAAAAGUUAAUUUACUCCUCAAAACAUAAAGCUGUGUAAAGUAAUUUUUUGUUUUCGUUUUGAAAAAAAAAAAUUAGAA